AUGUAUUAUACACGCCCCAAUUAUACGCCCACGAAUUCCCCUGCGGCGUCGAGAUCCAGAUAUCUUCUUACAUCCGUGAAGCUCGAGGGAGUCAAGGAAGUGACUCCCUGUCUAUCAUGGAGAAAACCCAAAGGACUCUCCAAAGUGAUGGGUCUGUUACUUACUUAUACAGAUGGGACACGACGGUCUAUGGGACAAGUUCGUCACGACUGUAUGGAGGCAGCCAUGGUGGUUGGAUUGUCGGAAUGUAUGUGGCUAGGGGUUCCUAAUAUCAACGAGUCACAGGUCAACUGGACGGAGACUCAGCGAGAGUCAAAUGGCUUGCCUGGAGCCAGCAGCGUUCAUUUGUCUCAACCAACCGUGCCAGAAGAAGCCUUCCGAUACCUGCAGGUGCCCUGGCGCGGGCGACUGAAUUGGCGCUUUGACUCACACCAGUGCCAUAUCUCACAUGAAGAUAAAGAUGGAGUUACAGUUCAGGACGAACAGCAAGAGAAGUAUGCACAAAGCUGUUAUUUGGCAUUUGGUCCAGAGUCUAUGACAUUUGGAUCUUGA